AUGGCUGUCAAUCGUCUUCAUUUGUUGUUAUUGCAGAUCAUAGUCUUGUUACUCUGGACAAUCAAAUUCAAAGCAUCAGAAGCUUCAUGUCAAACGAGUUGUGGAAAUGUCCAAAUAAGAUAUCCCUUUGGAAUUGGAAAAGGCUGCUUCUUCAAUGAAUGGUUUGAAAUAACCUGCAACAAAUCUUCUACUGCCUCUGCACAACCUUUCUUGACGAAGAUGAAGCUGAAACUAGCAGAAGACGCCGCUGCUAUGGGCUUCGGGAUAGGCGUCGAAAUGCCUGCAAUUUCUUCAGAAAGCACUUUUAAAGGUAUUAACCUUACAGGAUCACCAUUUUUCUUUACAAAUAAGCACAGUAGCUUCAUUGCCACUGGUUGUAAAAAGUAUGCCAAGAUCGACGAAACGUCGUAUGAGGGGCAUUCAAAUACUGGUGGCCAUGGGUGUCUGACAAUUUGUGCUUGUGAUCCUCUGAAAGUAAAAACAGGAGGUUGCUAUGAUCAAUAG